AUGCAGGCGUACUGCUUCCUUGUGCUGAGUCCAGUGUCCUCUUUCGAUGGCUUUGCCUGUUCCAGAUGGCCCUGGCUCGCCUCUAGGGAUCGCCGUCGUCUUUUCACAACGUCCGCAGCCCAUCGGAAUCACUACGACAUCCUCGGGAUCUCACAAGACGCUACCUCUGCAGACAUUAAGCGAGCCUACCGUCUCCUUGCUCUCAAGUAUCAUCCUGAUGUCAACAAGGAAACAGGAGCUAGUGAGAAUUUCAAAAGCAUCCGAGUGGCCUACGAUAUAUUGAUUGAUGAAACGUCGAGAACCGAUUACGACAAAGCCCUCUGCUGUCAAAAAAGCUCCACACCUUUCAAAAAUGAACCAUCCAUUGAUCCUGAAUACAACAAUAAUCGACUAAGGUUCUACCAAUGGGCUUACCAGAGGAGGCGCAGCACACAGGCAGAUCAUCACACCGAAUUUUCAUCAUUUGACGAUGACGACGAUGAAUCAGCCAAUGGCGAAAGAGGCAGCACCUUCAUCGAGGUGGUUAGAUCAACAUUCAUUUCCGUGUUCCUGAUGCAUACGGUGGGAAUUCAACUGUCGCUAGCAUUCAGCAGCCUCAUGGCGUUCGUCGACGGCAAAUUGGACGCAGGAUAUAAGCUGGGUUAUUUGUGCGCAUGGAUAUUGGGUGGAAGGGCAGGCAUCAUGCUUACAGUGCUGCUAUCGUUUGCAAGCUGGGCUUGCGGGAAAAGGAGCAGCAGUGUUGUUGCUUUGGUGGUUGUUGCAGUCUGGAUUGGUUCGAAUCUUGCAAGGUAUGCUCCAUUGCCACAAGGUGCUCUUCUCACACUUCUGUAUAUGUCAAUCAGGCUGCAGCUGGAUCUGACCUAAGAAAGAAUAUGAUGAUAGAGAUCAACUUCAAGAUGAAAAAGGAUUUGAUUAUAGGUAGAUGGUAUAGUAGCUGCCAUUGAAAUGCAAUGCUUCCUUCCUUCCUUCCUUCCUUCCUGCCUGCCACUGUAUAUACCCAACUGUAAUUUUCUGUUUUGUGUUGUAUUUGGUGAAUAAUAUGUUGUCUC